AUGAGCGCCAAUGGCAGCUCCGUAGCGCUCACUAGUGGCGGUACCGUCGCGACCAAGCGCCGUGUUGCCUACUUCUAUGACUCGGAGAUCGGCAAUUACCACUACGGCCAGAACCAUCCUAUGAAGCCUCAUCGUGUGCGGAUGGCGCAUAAUCUCAUCACUAACUACGGACUGACCAAACACAUGGAAGUCUACCGUCCUCGACUCGUGGACUGGACAGAGCUUACCCGCUUCCACUCGGACGACUACAUCCACUUUCUACGUCUCAUCACACCUGACAACAUGCACGAGUAUAUGCGCCAGCUGCAGCGCUUUAAUGUGGGCGAAGAUUGUCCAGUCUUUGACGGCCUUUUUGAGUUCUGCCAGCUUUACGCGUCGGCUUCGAUCGGCGGCGCUGCCAAGUUAAAUGCGGGCUCUGCCGACAUUGUCAUUAAUUACUCGGGUGGGUUGCACCACGGCAAGCGCUCGGAGGCGUCUGGUUUUUGCUACGUGAACGACUGCGUGCUCGGUAUCCUGGAACUUCUGAAGACCCAUCAACGGGUUCUGUAUAUCGAUAUUGAUAUCCAUCACGGCGAUGGAGUAGAAGAGGCUUUCUACACUACCAACCGAGUCAUGACGUGCUCGUUCCACAAGUACGGAGAAUUCUUCCCCGGUACGGGCGAUAUCAAGGACGUUGGCUACGGAGACGGCAAGCACUACGCCGUUAAUUUUCCUUGCCGCGAUGGCAUGGAUGACGAAAGCUUUACGGGCAUUUUCCGCAGUGUCAUUGCUAAGGUAAUGGAGCACUUUGCACCGGGUGCCGUGUUGCUUCAAUGUGGUACAGACUCAUUGUCUGGCGACCGGCUUGGAAGCUUCAAUCUGUCGGCCAAGGGCCAUGCCGACUGCGUGGCUUACGUGAAAAGCUUCAAUAUCCCCACCUUAGUUGUUGGUGGUGGAGGUUACACACUACGCAAUGUUGCGCGUGCCUGGUGCUACGAGGCGUCAUUACUAGUGGGUGUCGAUAUCCCGGACGCGAUGCCUUACAAUGACUACUUCGAAUACUAUGGGCCUGAAUACCGCCUUCACUUGCCCGUGAGCAAUAUGGAAAAUCUUAACACACCCGCUUACCUUGACGAUAUCAAGCGUUCAAUUCACGAGAAUCUGCGUCAGCUCGAGGCUGUCCCUAGCGUCCCGUUUACGCUUGCACCUCCAUCAGCAAGUAUUCAAGAAGAUAAGGAGGCUGUGACGCGAGACCGCGAGGAAGACGACCAGCACAUGAUGGAUGUUUCGGGUGAGCGCCAGGUACAAAAAGAGUUGAAGCAAAGCGAUGCUCCGCGUCAUCCUGUUGACUUUUACGACUAA